AGCGUCUUAUCUUCUUCGAUAAAACCCACUCAGCACUUUGAUACCUUCCUAGGGUUUUAUCUUCAUUUGCAUACUUCCUCGCUUACAGAAGCAGGCUAAGACUUAAGGAAAAGAGCCAAUUUGGUUAAUUUAAUCUCCCGUCUGAGGUUUAGGAAUCCAUGGCGGCCCUUCAGUUGACUGGCUCUUCUAUUUCAACUCGAGGGUUGCCUUCUUUUCAAGGGCUUCGUCAAUCAAGUGUUUCUGUUUCUGUAAUUGCCCCUCCCCGUGUCGGUUUCAACCAAAGGCGGUUACGAGGACUCGUUGUGAGAGCUGCAACUACUGUUGCACCGAAGUACACUUCUAUCAAGCCUUUGGGUGAUAGAGUGCUGGUGAAGAUCAAGACAGUAGAGGAGAAAACAGGUGGUGGUAUACUGCUUCCUUCAACAGCUCAGACAAAACCUCAAGGAGGUGAAGUUGUAGCUGUUGGAGAGGGUAAGACGAUUGGUAAAACCAAGGUGGACAUCAGUGUGAAGACUGGCGCCCAGGUAGUGUACUCCAAGUAUGCAGGGACAGAGUUGGAGUUCAAUGGAUCAAAUCAUCUGCUCUUGAAGGAGGAUGACAUUGUGGGUAUCCUUGAAACAGAAGACAUCAAAGAUAUGAAGCCUAUGAAUGACCGUGUUCUAAUCAAGGUUGCUGUAGCUGAGGAGAAAACUGCUGGAGGAUUGUUGCUGACAGAGGCUGCUAAGGAGAAACCUUCCAUUGGCACGGUGGUUGCUGUGGGACCUGGUCCCCUGGAUGAAGGAGGCAACCGACAGCCACUGACAGUUUCACCUGGAAACACAGUGUUGUACUCCAAAUAUGCAGGGAAUGACUUCAAAAGCACUGAUGGUUCUGAAUACAUUGCUCUGAGGGCAUCAGAUGUGAUGGCUGUGCUUUCAUAGAUAUUGCUUGUAAUGUGGCAUUGUUUCCAACUCGGAUUUUGCAGUAGAGUUGUUAUUGGCAGGCGGUGUUCGAACU